UUCUCAGUACAAUCAAAGCCCAUCUCUUUCCCUUUUUCCCCCUUAUUUCUUCUCACUGCCUUCAUUUUGCGUCUCAAGACUUCGAACUCGACAAAUCCCUAAUUCCCAAAACUCCCCUCUCUCUCGGAUCUAUAACCAAGAGUGUGAUACGAAACGAUGUCGUCUCCUCGUGAAGAGAAUGUGUACUUGGCCAAGUUAGCCGAGCAAGCCGAGCGUUACGAGGAGAUGGUCGAGUUCAUGGAGAAAGUCGCCAAGACCGUUGACUCCGAGGAGCUCACCGUGGAAGAGAGGAACCUCUUGUCCGUUGCUUACAAGAACGUGAUUGGUGCUAGGAGAGCUUCCUGGAGGAUCAUCUCUUCGAUUGAGCAGAAGGAAGAGAGCAGAGGGAACGAGGAUCACGUUGCUAUUAUCAAGGACUACAGAGGAAAGAUCGAGACAGAGCUAAGCAAGAUCUGCGAUGGGAUUUUGAAUCUUUUGGAUUCUCAUCUUGUUCCCGCUGCGUCUUUGGCUGAGUCUAAGGUGUUUUAUCUGAAGAUGAAGGGGGAUUACCAUAGGUACCUUGCUGAGUUUAAGACUGGUGCUGAGAGGAAGGAUGCUGCUGAGAACACUCUCGUGGCGUACAAGUCUGCUCAGGAUAUUGCACUUGCUGAUUUACCUCCUACUCAUCCGAUAAGAUUGGGGCUUGCACUUAACUUCUCUGUCUUCUACUAUGAGAUUCUCAACUCGCCUGACCGCGCUUGCAACCUCGCCAAACAGGCUUUUGAUGAAGCAAUCUCUGAGCUGGACACAUUAGGAGAAGAAUCAUACAAGGACAGCACGCUCAUAAUGCAACUUCUCCGUGACAAUCUGACGCUCUGGACUUCUGACAUCAAUGAUGAGGCGGGUGGUGAUGAGAUCAAGGAGGCGUCAAAAGACGAGCCUGAAGAAGGCAAACAAGCUUAGAUGUUGAUGUGACCAGAGAGAGAGAGAGCGAGACUUUACUGCCUAUGUAUGGAUUUGGCUCUUGUUUCUUAAAAACAUAUGCUAUGGGGUUUGUGUGUUGAAGCAGGAGAGGAUCAUCAUUUGAUUUUCUCCUUUGCAAACUCAAAAACUCUCGUUUUUCUUUUUUUGUUGGGUUUUUUUUUUCUAGUGUUUCGAGUCUUUGGUUUUACUUCGUUGCUUGUUAUUAUUUUUUAGGAAGUGAAGAAACAAAACUUUCUAUGAUUGCUUUCGAUUCUA